GCGGAUCUGACAUCGAUCGGGUUGAUCUUAUGAAAAGUGUUGCUGUGUACAAUCAGCUUCAAGCUUCACAGAUCUGUCAGUCCAAAUAGCAAGUGAGUGUCUCGGAGACACAGGAGCUUCUCUGUAGUCGUUGGGCUGCUAUCUGCUAACAUGACUGAGCUCCGGCACCGUGGAGCCAAAGACAGCGAUCCGACGCUACAGCAGCAGCCGUCAGAGGACAAGGGUUCAGACAGCGAGCAGAAGGUGGAAAAAGAUGGGGCGUCAGAUGGCGAGGCCAAGGCGGACUCAGGGAUGCCAGAGGUGCCAGUCCCCGCUGAUGACACCCCCGAGGUUCUUAACAAGGCCCUGUCUGGACUCUCCUCAAGAUGGAAGAACUGGUGGGUCCGGGGUAUCCUCACACUGGCCAUGAUCUCCUUCUUCUUCUUCAUCAUCUACCUGGGCCCCAUGGUGCUUAUGAUGAUUGUCCUCUGUGUUCAGAUCAAGUGCUUCCAGGAAAUCAUCACCAUCGGCUACAGCGUGUACCACUCCUACCACCUGCCCUGGUUCAGGACGUUGAGCUGGUACUUCCUGCUAUGUGUGAACUACUUCUUCUACGGUGAGACCGUGACGGACUACUUCUUCACGCUGGUGCAAAGAGAGGAGCCGCUUCGCAUCCUCAGCAAAUACCACCGCUUUAUCUCCUUUGCCCUCUACCUCACAGGUUUCUGCAUGUUUGUGCUAAGUUUGGUGAAAAAGCACUACCGCCUACAGUUCUACAUGUUUGGAUGGACCCAUGUGACUCUGCUGAUUGUGGUGACUCAGUCUCACCUUAUCAUUCACAACCUGUUUGAGGGGAUGAUCUGGUUCAUUGUGCCGAUUUCCUGUGUGAUCUGUAAUGACAUUAUGGCCUACAUGUUUGGUUUCUUCUUCGGCCGCACCCCUCUCAUCAAGCUGUCACCUAAGAAGACAUGGGAGGGAUUCAUCGGUGGAUUGUUCGCCACCAUUGUGUUUGGCAUCAUGCUCUCCUAUGUGAUGGCCGGCUACCGCUACUUUGUGUGCCCGGUGGAAUUCAACAACGACUCCAAUAGUUUCCAGGUGGACUGUGAGCCGCCGGAGCUUUUCCAGCUCCAGGACUACACCCUGCCCAGCGUCCUGGAGUCUUUCACGGGAUGGACCUCAGUGCGUCUCUAUCCGUUCCAGAUCCACAGCAUCGCUCUCUCCUCAUUCGCCUCCAUCAUGGGACCUUUCGGUGGCUUCUUUGCCAGCGGCUUCAAAAGAGCCUUCAAGAUCAAGGAUUUUGCCAACACUAUCCCGGGUCACGGUGGCAUCAUGGACAGAUUCGACUGCCAGUACCUCAUGGCGACAUUUGUUAACGUCUACAUCGCUAGCUUCAUCAGGGGCCCCAACCCCAGCAAGGUGAUCGUGCAGCUCCUGGCCCUCCGUGCCGAUCAGCAGAUCCACAUCUUCAACUCCCUGAAGGCUCACCUGACAGAGAAGGGCCUGCUGCCAGCGCUGGAGGAGGCCGCCGCCUAGAGCCACCCGGCACCCGCACCGGCUCGCCCUGAGAGGGAGACCAUAGAGGAGGGCAGCACCCGAGGGGCCCCAUGCAGCCCCCCGGAGCUCUGGGAGACUGGCAGUGCUUUGUGUGAGCCAAAACACAUCAGAGAAAAAAAAAAAACUACAGCCUUGGGUCAUUCCAUGUCAUUUGGGUAUGAGAGACAGGUGUGUCUGUAAAUCAUGUUUCAGUGUUUUCAGGUUGAGUUAGUGAUUUACUGUACUGUUACACAUUUUCCAUUAGCCAACUUGUAUCUAUUCACACUGUCGAACAAAGUGUUGGUCAGCUGUACAUUUCUACCUGCACACAGGAUAUCCUCUAUAUACCUAUUAAUGUGUGUUAAUAUUUUUAUUGUACUUUUGUUUUUAGUUUUAAUGCACUGCUCUCAACCCUCACUGUAUCGUUACCCCAGCUGCACCCCCCCUUCCCCAAAUUUAAUUUUUCUUUGUUGUGAUUGUUUCUAUUUAUACAUAGAUGGUUUUUAUAUUUGGUAUGUUCUAUUAUAUCUUAAUGUUGUGUCUGUUUUAUUCAGACUGAAUUCACCUUUGCCAUCUGUCACAUGCAUUUUACGUGUGUGUGUGUGUGUCUUUUUUCUGUGUUCUUGCUGCCAUUUUUUUCAUUAAAAAAAACAAAAGCCGCCAAA